CUUACCCCAGGUUACCUUCCCCGCAAGCUUUCACAAUCUCGUAUAAGAUUCCAGCAGAUUUGAUGGCGUUUUCGAAGGCACUUUCUCUCGACGCUGAAACCAAAAUAUAAGGCUCUCAAAGACACGAAGCACAAAAAAAACCAAACGAACCCACAAAGAUGCGAGGCUAAGACCGCUUGAAGACUAUCACAACAAAUACUGUCGUUGUGCCUUGAUGUCUGAUAUUAAACGAUCAGUUUGCUUUUGUAAUCUCCCCCAGACGUGCGAUAACAACCAGCAUUGCGCCUUUUAUAGCCGGAAAAACACAAUGUCAAUCAAACAUUGCUGGACAAUCGUGAGAAGAAUUUGGAGCUGGCGACUCCACAGCUAACCCGGGCUUUUGAUGUGAAUGGAAUUAUAUCGCACGUCACCCAAUCUUGCUACGAUAGCUCUGAACUAGGCGGCGAAAUAUGACUAACGAUCUCGUCAGAAAUUCUCCUUUAACAAAGAUUUUGUUGAGACUAGUAUCCUUGUACGUCAUGUCGCAGUCUCCGAAACUAAGUCUAUCCGUGCCCCCUGAUGCGUUUGACACUGGUUCGUCAGACGGAGAACCCUUCUCUCCACUUCCUCCUGAAAUCCAGCGGCUUCGGAAUGAUUCGGAUCCGAAGUCUGAGUUUCGGAGAAAGAAAUCUCGCAUCGUCCGCCAAAACCCAAUUCCUAAAGUUCCGGUCGGAUUCUUUUCUAUAAUUCGUACGAUGACAGUUGACUUUGUACUUCCGAAUGAGAAAACUGUCACUUUAAACUGUGUGGGCAACCAAACUGUCGGUCAAAUCAAGAGCGAUUUACUAGAACGAAUACGAGACCAAUAUCUUGCAUACGAGAAAGUUUGGGAGCAUGAGCUGCUACUUACCUACACCAUUGACGGAAAAACUUACGAAAUCUGCGACAUGCACCAAACAUUUCAGACGUUGAGAGUUAUUAACAUGUGGACGAAAACUGGACUCAAGGGAACGUUGGAUGUUCGACACCUAACGGCAGAAAGCAACGAAGAAAGACUUUUCAACUUAACCCUCGGUUCGCUUAUGGGGGUGAUUUGGGGUAAAUACGGAUCCAUGGUCAAACAUAACACUGCGGUUACUGAUGAUGAGGUUUACGUUACAAGAAGGAAACUUACAAAUGUUCGGCGUCGAGCUUUGAGGUCGAGGUUUCCAAGUACUUACUCAAUGGAACCAAUACUCGACCAUACAACGCCACCAACGCAUGUGAAGGCGAAUUUUCAAGAAGACGAAACGAUAACCGUUUGCAUAUAUGGGCCAAGCAAGAGCAGUACAACUAUGUCAGUAGGAGUUUACGAUCCACCCUCGAAAAUUAUGGAGGAUUUCUUUGAAAGUCUUACACCGGCAAGGAAAAUAGCGUUCGGAAUUCCCGAAGAAGCCAAAGCUCCAGAUUACGUGUUGAAAGUUUGCGGGAUGUGUGAUUACAUAUGGGGACCUCACGAGAUAAUGGAUUUUGUUUACAUUCGGCACUGUGUAGCUCGGAGACGCGAGCCCCAACUUGCUCUAUGUGUUCCCCCCAAUGACGCCGAAGACGAAGUCUUAAGCGUGCACGAUCCGUGGUUCUUUGUGGAUGAUUCCACUGGUGUAACCGAGAACCAUCAACAACUCACGCUAGUCGGCUGCAAGAAGAACCACACAGAAAUCGUGGCGUUUUCGCUCUGGGACAUGACGCGAAAGUUUAGAAUAAAAGUUUUAGGUGUGGACUACCUUACACCCGAGAACGAAACGGUUGGGACACCGGACGAGCUUUACGUUGAGUUUUCGCUUUACAGCGGAAGACAGAGAUUAGCGGAACCUGUACGAACUAAACCAGUUGCUUCCAACGCCGAUCUAAGAUGGUAUACUUCAUUAGAAUUCGACAUUUUGCUUCGAAACGUUCCAAAAGAAGCAAGACUGAACGCGAAUAUUAUUGGUAUUUUCCGGACAAAGUCGGUAAAAGUGAAAACGGGAAUCAAGUCCGUGUCCUCGAACGGAGAUCAACAUGUUAUACUACGAUGGGCUAAUAUGCAACUUUUAAAUCAUAGAUCAGUGUUGUGCACUGGGCGUCAUGCUUUCAAAACCUGGCCUAUGUCGUACAGUGAAGAUGUGUCAGUUGAAACACACACUGGAACCACUGCUCCAAAUGACGGGGUAGAAUCCACAAGUAGCACGGCUGAAAUACAUUUUGAGCUUGACUCUUACAUGCAUCCUGUAGUCUUCCCUAAUGGAGGAUGGAAGACCUCAAACCCAGAAGAUCAAGCUCCAGACCCAAUCCAUGGAUCCUCGGAUUGGAAGAAGUUGGAAGAGAUCAUUCAAUCUGAUACUCUUACUGAACUAACACUGGAGGAUAAGGCUCUUCUUAAGAAAUACAGAUCUUACUGCAGAGGAAGAGCCAAUUCGUUGCCUAAAGUUUUGCAAGCAGUUGAUGCUGCUAGUUUGGAUAGUGUGGUUGACAUGCACGCCUUGCUGAAUAAGUGGCCGGCUUUAUCAGUAGAGGUAGCACUGGAGCUACUGGACUCUCAAUAUGAAGAUGAGAAAGUACGUAGUUUGGCCGUGAAAACUCUCAAGUGUUUGAGCAACACCAAACUUCAUGCUUACCUUCUGCAGCUAACUCAGGUUUUAAAAUUUGAGCCAUAUCAUGACAGUGCUUUGGCCCGUUUUCUCCUCACGAGGGCACUGCAGAGCAAGAGAAUCGGGCAUUACUUCUUCUGGUUUCUCAGAUCGGAGAUUGAAAACCCUCAUGUCAGUCAACGUUAUUCGAUCUUGCUCGAAGCAUAUCUACGUGGGUGUGGAAGCAACAUGCUGAAAGAAUUUUCUAAACAGUGCGCGGUUACUAACACGCUGAAAAACUUUUCUUCACUAAUCUCGAUGAAAUUGAGCAAAAACUCCAACAGUGGCCUCAAAACUGAAAUAUUACGAGAGCAGUUGGCGAGAAUAAGCCUUCCAGAGACUUUUAAGGCUCCAUUUGAUCCAAGGAUUACUCUCGGGCGUCUAAUGGCAGAAAAAUCCAAAAUCAUGGAUUCUAAAAAGAAACCCUUGUGGCUGGAAUUUGAAAACGCUGAUGAAAACGUUAUUAAUGAAUCUACUAGUGUUAUAAGAAUAAUCUUCAAACAGGGUGAUGAUUUACGACAAGAUAUGUUGACUCUGCAAAUGUUGUCGCUUAUGGGUCAACUAUGGAAUGAAGAAGGAUUAGACUUGCAUCUCCUGCCUUAUGGAUGUCUAAGUACAGGUCUUCAAGUUGGCAUCAUCCAGAUCGUUCCGAAUGCAACCACUGUUGCCCGCAUCCAGAAAGAGUCCGGAGGACUUAUCCGUGGGACGUUCAAAGACGAGGUUCUGAAGAAAUGGCUGGAAAGAAAGAAUCCAACGACUGACAGAAUGAAUUCCGCCGUGGAGACGUUCAUGUUAUCUUGUGCUGGUUACUGUGUGGCUACUUAUGUUUUAGGCAUUGGAGACCGGCAUAAUGAUAAUAUUAUGGUGACGGAGUCCGGCAAUUUAUUCCAUAUCGACUUCGGGCAUUUCCUCGGAAACACAAAAAGGUUUUACGGCAUUCAACGAGAGCGUGUGCCUUUCGUUUUAACCCCAGAUUUCGUUCAUGUUAUGGGAACAGAAGAUGGGGAAUUAUUCCAACGUUUUAUGGAUACCUGCGUGCUUGCAUACUUAGUAAUACGCAGACACGCACCUCUUUUUAUCAACCUCUUUCACAUGAUGAAGUCAACAGGGAUACCAGAACUUAAUUCAGUCAGAGACAUUCGCUAUUUACAAAAUGUUCUUGUUCUUGAUAAGACUGAACAUGAAGCAAGUCAGCAUUUUCUUUCAGAAAUCGCAGGAGUUUUGCGUAAGAACUGGACAGUCCAAGUCAAUUGGUUGAUGCACCGGCUGGUACACUCUGGAAGUUCUUGAACGACGAACAGUUCUUAAAUUUCAAAAUGGGACAAAAUAAUUAGGUUUUAUUGAAUGAAUGAAUGAAAUUUUAGGUUUUAAUGCCAGAAAAACUUUGCGUUUGGAAUAAUGUCCCAUGCACUUGUUUUCAUGAAUUUGUUUUAAAUUUUAAAAAUGUUUUUUUAGUGAUCGUUAUAUAGAAUUUUAUCAUUCAAAAAGAAAAAAAUCUGCGGGUCAUUAAAUUUCGUGACACUCCC